AUGGCAACCAACAUCACAUUCCACGCCGCGGCCCUCACCCGCUCCGAGCGCUCCUCUCUCCGCAACCAACAAGGCCUCACAAUCUGGCUCACCGGCCUCUCAGCCUCCGGCAAAUCCACCAUCGCCGUCGAACUCGAGCACCAACUCCUUAGCACCCGCGGCGUGCACGCCUACCGCCUCGAUGGCGACAACGUCCGUUUCGGGCUCAACAAGGACCUAGGAUUCAGCGAGAAGGAUCGCAACGAGAACAUUCGCCGAAUUGCUGAAGUCGCAAAGUUGUUUGCGGACAGUACCUCUAUCGCUAUUACUUCGUUCAUUUCUCCAUACCGUGCGGAUAGAGAUACCGCUCGUCAAUUGCAUGAGGCUCCCACUCCCGGUGAGGAGACUGGGUUGCCUUUCGUCGAAGUCUACGUCGAUGUUCCCGUUGAGGUUGCCGAGCAGAGAGAUCCCAAGGGUCUGUAUAAGAAGGCUAGAGAGGGCGUGAUCAAGGAGUUCACCGGUAUCAGUGCUCCCUAUGAGGCUCCUAUCAAACCUGAGGUGCACAUCAAGAAUCACGAAGUUACGGUUCAGGAAGCUGUCGCUCAGAUUAUUAACUACCUCGACUCGAAGGGAUAUCUGCCAACAAAGACUGCUAACUAG